UGAAAGCUCGCUAAUCCGAACGGUGUGUAAUCCGAAUUAUCCAGUAAUCCGAAUUGAAUAAAGUACGCGUUGCAUACUCUAUAGUCCGCAUUGAUUGCCGCUCUCUAAUCCGAAUUUUAAUUUUUCUAUCCUUUUGUAGCGUAGGUGCACAUAUUUGUUUUGACAUACAUAAGUGCAAACAACGUAGAAAGCCUGUUUCAACGUGUUCUCGAAGUGUGAAUGGAAUUUUACAACUAACGGGACAUCAUUUGAUAUGCAUACACAUUUCUGGAAUAGCAUUACACGCGACGACAUCAAUUUAAAUUCCAAUAUGGCAAAAAGACGUGCACAUAAAACAUUAUCACUAGCUGAUAAAAUUAAAAUAAUACAAGAGAUAAACCGCGGACAAUCUGGAAAACUUUUAGCAGAUAAAUAUGGUGUAGGAACUUCUACAAUUUGUGACAUAAAAAAAAAUUCCGAAAAUAUUAGGAGAUUUGCUGAGAAUUCUGAUGAAAAACUUUUGAAGCAGCGCAAGACACUCAAAACGGGUGAGUACGAAGAGUUUGAGCAAAAAUUAUAUGCUUGGUUUGAAGAGAAGCGGUCACGACAUCAAACCAUUUCAGCGGGAGUUUUACGACAAAAGGCAAAAUCACUUUAUCAGAAAAUGUAUAACAAUGAAUCGUUUAAAGCUAGCGAUGGAUGGUUUCAAAAGUUUAAGAAACGAUUUUCUGUGCGAAACUUAAAAAUAUGCGGAGAGUCUUUAUCUGCUAAACCAGAUCUUGUUCCUGCUUUUCAAAAUGAGCUCUACAAUGUAAUUGAAGCUGAAAAUUUGUUGGACGACCAAAUUUAUAAUGCUGAUGAGUCUGGACUUUUUUGGAAAAUGUUUCCAGACAAAACUUUAGUGCAUUUUAAAGAAAAAUCAGCUCCAGGCACCAAAAUGAGCAAAGAGAGAAUCACCUUCUUAUGUUGUGCUAACAAGACUGGAAGUCACAAGCUACAGAUUGCAGUGGUUGGUAAAUCAAAAAACCCUCGGUCAUUUAAAAAACAAAGGGUGAUUGAAUAUUACUCAUCAAAAAAUGCAUGGAUGACAACAUACAUUUUUACUGAAUGGUUUUUCAAAUCGUUUAUACCACAGGUAAAAAACUAUCAGACUGAAAAUAAUUUGCCGAAAAAAGGUCUAUUGAUAUUGGAUAAUGCAACAUGUCAUGGGGAGCCGUUGGCAUCUGAAUGUGGAAAAUAUAGAAUUAUGUUUCUCCCUCCAAAUUGUACAAGCAUUAUCCAACCUAUGGAUCAAAAUGUGAUACGCCUGACUAAACUUUAUUACAAAAAAUACCGCUUGUGUGAAUUGGUCAAUUCUGAAUCAGACAGUACUGACAUUUUUUUGAAACAAUUCAGUAUGUACGACGCUUGUGAAUUGCUUAAGCGAUCUUGGAACAGGGUAUCGGAUUCCACUCUAAAGUCCUGUUGGAAAAACAUUCAUACCCAGAGAUGGGCUUCAGAAGAUAACAUUCCAUUGUCAGUCUUACAACAAGAACUACCGGAGAGUGACUUUUCGGCUCGUUUUGAAGAAAGUGAAGAAUUUCGUGCAAUCACAAAUUUAUUUCGCCGCAAUACUGACGUGGAACUUUCUGAAGAUGAAGUUCUUGCCUGGAUUAAUGACUCUGGCAGUAGUGUGGUUGCAUGUAGUAGCUCAGAAUUGGUUACAGAAGACGAAGAAGCAGAAUCUAAUAUGAUUAAGCGCGUUAAAAAUCGUGAAGCUGUACAAGCUUUAAAUAUAAGUAUAGAUUGGGCAAAGCAACGAGGCAUAGACACUGAUCAAAUAUUAGUACUCAAGGAAAUGCGUAAUAAAGCUUUAGAAGCAUGUGUAUUGAAUCAGAAACAAACUUGCAUCACAAAUUUCGUUAAAAAAACAUCAUAAUAAAUAAGGUGUAAGCAAUAUUCUUUCUUAAAAAUAUAAUAAUAAAUAAAAUA